UUGAACAACAUGGAGUCGCUUCCCGAUAACAUCGAAGAAUAUAAAAAGUUUAAAGUUGUAGAAUUGAAGGAAAUAUUAUCAGGAAUUGGACUUCCAGUUAACGGAUUAAAGGCCGAUUUGAUUGAAAGACUUUACAAUUAUAAAGUUGAGACUUCCCAAAAUAUUAAGAAAGAGGGAGAAAGAACAGAUGGCAACUAUGAGGAUGUUGAAGAGCCUCCACCAGGGCAGCCCACCCCUCCCCAGCCAGCUGGUCAAACAGCCCCUCCCCCACCAGCAGGUCCACCCCAGAUGAUACCGGGACCCCCGAUGGGAGGGCCUCCCCCUCGACAGCCAUUCCAAGGAGCACCCCCUCCAGGUCCUCCUAAGCCUGCAGAUAAUCUAGAUUCAGACUCGGAGUUCCAGAGGAAGGUUGCCAUACAGACACAACUAAUUAAUGAGGAGGAGCAGAAACAGAAGGAGGCAGCAGCCCUGGCCCAGCAGGCCAUCCUGAUGAGUCAGCGAGGGGGGCCUUCUUCUGGCCCCGUCCCUCCCAGCGGUGACCUGAUGGAGAAGGUCAGACAGCAACAGGUCAUGAUUGAGAUAGAGAAACAACAGACAAUGAGGCAGAUGCAAGAACAGGCAAUAAAUCAAGCAGAACAAGAUCGCCGUAUGAAGGAGGCAGAACUUUUGCGUCAGCAACAGAUUGCCCUGAUGGAAGCCCAGAGAGAGGCUCAGGAAAAACGCAUCCAGGAGCAACAGCAACAGCAGCCACCACCAGUUCCUCCCAUGCAUGUUGCUCCCCCACAGCCACCCAUGCAGCCAGCAGUGGUUCCCCCUCCCCCAGGAAUGAUGGCACCUGCCCAGCCAGUGCCCCCUCAGCAGGGAGCUGUUCCUAUGAACAUCCAGGGACAGGGUGGUAUGCCCCAGCCCCCAGCCAGCAUGCCACCACAAGUUCCCAUGCAAGCAGCACCAGGAAUGCCCCCGCAAGGUGGAAUGCCCCCACAAGGUGGUAUGCCACCACAAAGCGGAAUGCCCCCACAAGGUGGAAUGCCACCACAGGUCCCCAUGACAGCACCAGUUGUACCACCUGGUACUAUAGCACCACCACAAAGGCCUCCUGUGGCUCCAAUGCCAAUGAUGCCAGCUGGGGCUCAGCAAGGCAUUCUUCCUCCUGGGACCCAGACAGUGCCCCCAGGGACACAAAUUCCUGUCUCUCACCCUCCGAUGCACCAGGGGCCCCCUCCACCUGGCACCCAGCCAGUGUCUUCUCAACCAAAACCCCCAGAGCGACCCCCAACUUCUGCCCCUUCAGAGGAGAAACUACCCCCUCCUCAACUGGAAUCUGGAUCAUCUAAAGAAAUCAAAUUGCCACAAGCCUUGGAGAAGGUGUUAGCUUUUAAAGAUGUGAGGGCACAGGAAGUGGGUGUUACCCAUGAGGAAAUCGAACAGAUGAACACACCUAUGGAACGUGACGCUGAUGAUGAAGAUGCUAGUGAGGAUGUUGGGUAUGGAACGUAUGACAUGGACGAAGAGGAUGAAGAAGCCACCAAAACGGGUGGUGCUAAAGAGUCCAAGAACAAGAAAAAGAAGAAGAAGAAAAAGAAAGCCAAGAAGAACCGCCUAAUGCAGCAGCAGCAGCAACUACAAGAACAGGUGGAGAGGCCCGACGAGGAUGUACAUGUGGAAUAUGUUCCAGAACAGCUUGAGCUUGAUCCAACUGAUCCAAAUUAUUUCACUUUUGCAAAAAUCUUUGAAGCCUUCAAGAUCUCAGAGGAAAAGAAGGAUGAUAAAUCUGACAAAAAAGAUGAGAUGAAGAAGGAUGAUGCUCCAAAGAAGAUGGAGGAAGAAGAUAAGGAUGAGGAUAGCGAUGAGGAAGCCCCAGUCAAGAAGGAGGAGGAAGAACCUCAGAAGAUGUCCAAAAAGAAACUGAAGAAGAUGACUCGACUCAGCGUGGCUCAGCUGAAACAGCUGGUCAGUCGGCCAGACGUGGUGGAGAUGCAUGACGUCACCGCCCAAGACCCCCGCCUGCUGGUCCACCUGAAGGCCACGAGGAACACUGUCCCCGUGCCUCGACACUGGUGCUUCAAAAGGAAGUACCUCCAGGGCAAAAGGGGUAUCGAGAAAUCACCAUUUGAAUUACCUGAUUACAUUAAGGCAACUGGCAUUAUGGAGAUGAGAGAGGCUCUUGCUGAAAAGGAGGAUCAGAAGAAUUUGAAGGCCAAGAUGAGGGAGAAGGUGCGACCGAAGAUGGGAAAGAUUGACAUCGAUUACCAAAAACUUCACGACGCCUUCUUCCGCUGGCAGACCAAACCCAAGAUGACCAUUCAUGGAGAUCUGUAUUAUGAGGGAAAAGAAUUUGAAACCAGACUGAAAGAGAAAAAGCCAGGAAAUCUCUCAGAUGAGUUGAAAACUGCUUUAGGAAUGCCACUGGGACAUAAUUCUGAGAAGUUUCCUCCUCCCUGGUUGAUUGCCAUGCAGCGAUACGGACCUCCACCCUCAUAUCCCAACCUGAAAAUACCUGGACUGAGUGCACCCAUACCUGAGGGUUGUUCAUUUGGAUACCAUGCAGGUGGUUGGGGUAAACCACCUGUGGAUGAAAAUGGUAAACCACUGUAUGGUGAUGUGUUUGGAACACAGAGUUCAGAAUUCCAGACUCCAAUACAAGAGGAGGAAAUAGACAAAUCUCUGUGGGGAGAAAUGGAGGAGGAGUCUUCCUCAGAAGAGGAGUCAGAAGAAGAAGAAGAGGAGGAGGAGGACACCUCAGGACUGGUUACUCCAGGACCAGAGGGUCUGGUGACUCCCAGUGGAAUAACCUCUGUACCAAUGGGAAUGGAGACCCCUGACAUGAUUGAACUGAGGAAGAAGAGGAUAGAGGAUGCCAUGGAUCAGGGAGGAGAAACACCAGCUCUCUACACCAUCUUACCAGAGAAAAAGGCAGCAGUGGGUGGAGCUAUGAUGGGAUCCGCCCACGUAUAUGACACUACAGCUGUAACAGCUGGUAAGAAAGACAAGCCUGGUACAGAGGGUAUAGAGGUGGCGCUGAAUCCCGAGGAGUUAGACCUGGACACGGCCGCCAUGCAGGCUAAGUACGACCAGACGAUGAGGGAGCAGCAGUCACAGCUGGAGAAGGAGGAUCUGAGUGAUAUGGUGGCUGAACACGCAGCCAAACAAAAGAAAAGAAAGAAACAACAACAGGAUGGUGGGAAAGCAGCGAAAAAAUACAAAGAGUUCAAGUUCUAGUGGACUAGUGCUUUAUAUUGACCAUUUACUGUUGUCUUGUGAUCGCAAUCAUUAUCAGAAAUUAAUUUCAAGGACAUUAUAUCAUUCACAUCAGCCAUGUUUUUCAGAUAUAGGGAUUUGAAGAAAUCAUGAAUUUUACUUCAUUUUCUUUGUAUAUUGUACAAAAAAUGUGGGAAUACAUUUUUUAAAACUUUA